GCUUCUUCUUCUUCUUCUCCAGAUUCCAAUAUUCUUUGAGAGUUGCAACAAAAAUGAUGCAAAGGAUCUUCGCAUUCAGUUUACGCUCGAUUAACCUAACGGCCGAUUAGGACCAAUCGACCAACUUCUCUUCUCGCCAUGUCCUUUUCUUCGCGCUCCGCAAAGCUCGCCCUUCUGGCUCUUCUCUCUGCCUCCACUUUGUAUUGCUUCUACAAGUCCCGCCGUCUCAGAAAGCUUAAACUCUCCUUAAACCCUACGGGUUGUUCUCGCAGACCCAAACUUUUCUUCAUUUCCCAAACUGGUACCUCAAAGGCCCUAGCGCAUCGUCUGCUUAACGUUUUGAAUUCAAAUGAGCUGGCGUUUGAUAUUGUCGAUCCCAAGGAUUUUGAGCCUGAAGAUCUUUUUAAGGAGACUUUAGUUUUGUUCGUUGCUUCCACUUGGGAAGAUGGAGGACCGCCUCCUCAUGCUAAAUUCCUCGCCAGUUGGCUUUCUGAGAGCGCGGAGGAUUUCAGAGUUGGUUCGUUGUUGCUUUCUCAGUGUAAAUUUGCUGUAUUUGGCGUUGGUAGUCGAGCUUAUGGAGAGACAUUCAAUGCGGUUGCAAGGGAUUUUUCCAAGCGGAUGAAGGCAUUGGGUGCGAAGGAGAUAUUAGCGGUUGGUGAGGGAGACGUUGAUGGAGGUGAUAUAGAUAAGUGUUUUGAUGAUUGGAGUCGGCAAUUGCUGAAGGUUUUGAAGGUUGAUGCGGUGGGCACUGGUGCGGAUUUAUAUUCUGGGAUUGAUGAGGACUUUGAUGCUGAAAGUGUUGAGGAGGAUGACGAAGAUGCCGACUCUGGGGAGGAGGACAUCGUUGAUCUUGAGGAUAUUGCUGGGAAGGGUCCUUCGAGAAAGUCUACCAAUGUAGUCGAAACUAAUGGGAAAUUGAAUGGGAAAAAAGUUAUGGUUACCCCGGUGAUUAGAGCGAGCUUAGAAAAGCAGGGGUAUAAAAUUAUUGGCUCACACAGCGGUGUGAAAAUAUGUAGAUGGACAAAGUCUCAGCUUCGAGGACGAGGAGGUUGCUAUAAGCAUUCAUUUUAUGGCAUAGAAAGUCAUCGAUGCAUGGAGGCAACUCCGAGUUUGGCUUGUGCCAACAAAUGUGUUUUCUGCUGGAGGCAUCACACAAAUCCAGUAGGAAAGAGUUGGCAGUGGGAGAUGGAUGAUCCAUUGGAUAUUGUGAAUUCAGCAAUCGAUUUACACAAAAAAAUGAUCAAGCAAAUGAAAGGUGUUCCAGGAGUUACGCAGGAGAAAUUGGAAGAAGGCUUGUCUCCGAGACAUUGUGCCUUAUCUCUUGUUGGUGAACCUAUUAUGUACCCAGAGAUUAAUACACUUGUUGAUGAAUUGCACCAAAGACGGAUUUCAACUUUCUUAGUCACAAAUGCUCAGUUUCCCGAUAAAAUAAAAUCAUUGAAGCCGGUCACCCAGUUGUAUGUAAGUGUAGAUGCUGCGACUAAGGAGAGCUUGAAGGCAAUUGAUAGACCACUUUUUGGGGACUUUUGGGAGCGAUUCAUUGAUUCCUUGAAAGCUCUAAAUGACAAGCAACAACGAACAGUUUAUCGAUUGACAUUGGUAAAAGGGUGGAACACAGAAGAUAUUGAUGCCUAUUCAAAUCUUUUUAGUCUUGGUAAACCUGAUUUUGUAGAAAUCAAAGGCGUCACAUAUUGUGGAUCAUCUAAUACAUCAAAGUUGACAAUGGAGAACGUUCCUUGGCAUUCUGAUGUGAAGUCUUUUUCUGAGGCUUUAGCUGCAAAAAGUCAAGGGGAGUAUGAAGUUGCUUGUGAGCAUGUGCACUCAUGUUGCGUUCUCUUGGCCAAAACUGACAAAUUUAGAGUCGAUGGGCAGUGGUUCACUUGGAUAGAUUAUGAGAAAUUCCAUGACCUGGUGGCCUCUGGAAAACCUUUUGAUAGCAAAGACUACAUGGCUCCAACACCAUCGUGGGCUGUAUAUGGUGCUGACGAAGGUGGAUUUGAUCCUGUUCAAUCUCGAUACCGGAAGGAGAGACAUCAUAGACCAAAACCCACAUCCUGAUAGUUUUGAAUGUCCGGGUCAGUUUUGUUUAAUGGUCUUAUCGAUUUUCUUUGAGGACUUUUGUAGUUUAUAUUAUUCUCUUCUGUGAAACAGCCUAGGUUGGCAUUACUUAUUUUUAGAAAGCACCUUGCGUGGCAUUUAUGCCCGUAUACAUGUUUAAACUCGCUCUACUUUUCUAAUUAUAGAAGAUAUAGAGCUCACUUGGUAACGAAA